CGUUCACCGAGUAAUAUAGUAUUUUAGUUGUGUAUUAUUGUUAGUAUAAUUUCAUUAGCUGUUGAAGUUUAAGAUUCAUCGUUCGGUAUGUAUUAUAUAACUUUUGUUUUCAUUAAUUAUAUCUUAGUUUGAUAUAAGUGGUGAAAAUUUAUGAGGUCUGUGAAUAAAACUUACUCAAUAUUGUAACCUCUUUUGUUAAUGAAUCAAGAAGAGGCCCAUAAUAUGCUCGGUUUGCUCAGCAAAUAAUUAUUCGGGGUGGGUUGAUAGUUUAAUAAGUACAGAAUGGCAUGAGCACCACUGAAUUUAAAGAAAAAUAAACAAUUAAAUUACAUAAAAUAUGGGAGGGUGGAAAUUCAGAAACACACCUAAAAAAAAACAGCAAACGGUAAUUGAUAAUUAUUCUGAAAAGGAAAUAAAGAAGGCACAUAACUCAACCAAAUCCUGACAGGUUUGUUCCAGCGGGCUAUCAGAAACGUUGGCAGCAGCUUGUGACAUGCGCUAUGCCAAAUUUGUGUUCCAGCAAAGAAAAGUUAGUGACAAUUUGCAAAUGUCAGCUGUUUCAGCAGAUGUUUGAAACAUUUAUAACGUAUUGGCAACUUCACUAUCUAUGAAGGCCAUGUAUAGAAGGCGAUUUUGUUUUCCGGAUUUCUCUUGCAUUUGUCUUGCACUGAAAAUCAUGUCAGCUGUACCUUGGUUGCGUCUAAAGUCACACUGUGUCUCUGGGAGGUUCUGUUCGACAGUUGGGAUUGGACGAUUGGAUAAAGUUCUGGCAAAUAUCUUUUCCGCAACAACAAAAUGGAGAUAUUUAUCUGUAGUAUUCUCAUUGAGCCUUGUCUCCCUUUUUAAAAAUGACAACAAUGGAGGCUUCUCUAAAAUCGAUUUAAUCAUGAUGCGAGAAACUCCAGAAACUAACAAUUUGGAAAAUGACCCAUCUGUUCGAUUUGGAAAAAUUUUAGCUCAUCCACCUCCCGGUGAAGAAGUUAUUAUUUCAGGUAUAUCUGGAAACUUCCCACUCUCAGAUAAUAUGGACGAAUUUAAGUACAACCUUGACAACAAAAUCGAAAUGAUCACCAUAGGCGAUAAAGUCCAUCCUGAAAUUCCUCCAGGAGUAGGAAAAUUAAAGGAUCCUACCAGAUUCGAUACGGGAUUCUUUGAAGUCCAUAAGCGUCACGCUUUAACAUUAAGCGCAAUGAGCAAAAUAAUAAUGGAGAAGUGCGUUGAAGCCAUUUUCGACGCAGGCCUUCAUCCUUCCGACUUAGAAGGUACCAACACAGGAGUUUUCUUGGGGGUUUGUUUCUCUGAAAGCGAAUUCUAUUGGUACUUGGUGCAACAAGAAAAAGAUGCCAACACUAUUAUAGGAAACCACAGAUCAGUGUUCGCCCAUCGUGUCAGUCAUUUCCUCAAGCUUAAAGGGCCAUCGUUUUCUGUUGACACAGCUUGCAGUAGCGGCGCUUACGCAUUAGAAUCAGCAUUCAAAGCUAUAAGGAUGGGAGAGUGUGAUGCGACUCUCGUUAUUGGUGCCAACAUGAUAUUAGCUGGGGGUGCCACAUUACAAUUCGCUAGGUUAGGAGUUCUAAGUUCGGACGGACACUGCAGGCCUUUUGACGCAGCAGGCACCGGCUACGUUCGAUCAGAAGCCAUUGUGUCGGUUUUGCUUCAGAAAUCUAAAGACUGUAAAAGAAUCUAUGCAAAGUUGCUUCAUGCCAAAACCAAUUGUGAUGGAUACAAAGAAGAAGGUAUUACUUAUCCUAGUGGGGUGGCUCAAUACAAUUUGCUUAAGGAAAUGUAUUCGGAAAGUGGAGUUAAUCCUUUGGACAUGAGUUAUAUAGAAGCUCAUGGAACAGGCACAAUAGUAGGAGAUCCUGAAGAACUUAACAGUGUAGAUGCAUUUUUUUGCAAAGAAAGAAAAACCCCUCUUUUAGUGGGUUCUGUUAAAUCAAGUAUUGGACAUUCGGAACCUGUUUCUAUUUUAUGUUCUUUAGCUAAGGUGAUUCUGGCCUUUGAAACCGAUAUAAUAUCCCCGAAUAUCAACUACAAAUGCCCAAGAGAAACUAUUCCAGGCAUAACUCAGGGAAGGUUAGAAGUUGUGGUUGAAAACACACCUUUCAGAGAUAAAAAUGGUUUAGUUGGUGUGAGCAGUUUCGGAUUUGGUGGUGGUAAUGCCCAUGCAAUCCUUAAGCAAAACCCCAAAUUGAAAAUUCGUAAACGAGAUGAUGCAUUGCCGAGGUUGGUGUGUCUCAGUGGACGUACUGAAAAAGCUGUCAACGUACUUCUUGAAGAUGUUGCUCAGAAGUUUGAUGAUGAACAUAUCGGGCUAAUUCAUAAUAUUUUUAGAAAACCGAUUAAAAAUCAUACUUAUAGAGGUUACAUUAUUGUGUCCAGUAAAGGCCUUCACAAAAAAUCCAUAGCCGCCUUUAAUCCUUCUAAAUCAAAUCUUCAUAUAAGUUUUGGAGGUAUUUUUUGCCAACCUUCAAGUUUGUUAGAAAAUCUUCUGAGUUUGAACCUCUUCAACAACUUUAAAAUCAAAUUAAAAAACUUUUUUUCCAAGAAAAAGCUGGAUCUUGAUGCAAUAGUAUCCAAUUCAAACCACUCCAACUUUACGCUAUUCCUAGUCGACUUGCUCACACAAUUGACACUCACUGAAUUACUUAAACAACUUGAUAUUGACAAUUGCAUGUCAAUAUUUGAAGAGUCUUUUGGAAAGUUUUCCAGUGCUUACUAUCAAAAUUGGAUAAGUCUUGAGCAGUUUUUAGAGUGUACUUACGCUAUUGCCAAAGUUACUGAGAAAGUGGAAGUUUAUAAGAAAUCUAAAGGAUUCAGUGAGGAAGCGUUGAAGAAAUUUAAAUGCAAUAUUCUAGAGGAAUUAGAAAAAAACCUUCCAUCUCCGAAACUAGUUAAUGGGUUUCAUGGAUCUCAUGUCCAAACAGCUUGUCCUGAGUACUUUUUGGAAGCCAUUUUCUCUAGCCAAAUUAAGAAUAAUAAGAGAAGUCCAUCUAAAAACUGUUUAAUUCUGGAAAUAGGCCAAAGUAUAGCUUCUCAAGCAAAUCGCUGCCAAAUUUUAAAUUUAAGCAGCCAAACCGAUUUGGUUGGCCUCUUGGAAAUACUUGGACGCCUUUAUAUGCACGGUCUACAGCCGCAAGUGCAGAAGCUCUACAACAAAGUUGAGUUUCCUGUAAGCAGAGGCACUCCAAUGAUUUCAUCGAAAAUCAAAUGGAAACAUGAGGUGGAACAUUUUAUUCCAUCUUUUGACUGUAACUUAAGAAAAAGUGAAGUUAUGGUCUUUAAAAUUGGCCUUCAUGAAGAGGAAUGGGCCAGCCUUGAUGGACAUAUUAUAGAUGGUAGAAAUCUAUUUCCUGCAACCGGCUACCUCUAUUUAGCUUGGACAGUACUAACACAACUAUCAUCAAAAGAUCUUAGCAAUUUUAAGGUGGUUUUCGAGAAUUGCAGAUUUUUGAGAGCUUGUACAUUAUCCAAACCAUCAUCAGGUAAUUGCUUGGAGCUUCACGUGAUGAUACAAAGACAGAGUGGUAACUUUGAGAUUACCGAAGGAGAGGUACCUGUGGUUACUGGACGAAUUAGGAUGGAUGAUAACCAAGAUCAUAUUCUACCAUCUUCUAUAAUAAUGAAUAAUUUCAAGGAUAUUGAAGUGUUGAGUUCUAGAGAUAUUUAUAAGGAGCUUAGAUUGAGAGGAUACAACUACAAAGGCCUUUACAAAGGCAUUACAGCCUCAAACAAAUGGGCAACCCAAGGAAAAAUCAAAUGGGCAGAAAAUUGGAUAGCAUUCAUGGACAAUAUGCUUCAAAUGAAGAUUCUAGGAGAAGAUACUAGGCUACUCUUUGUCCCUACAAGUAUUGCCAAAUUAACCAUAAAUCCUGUUUUGCAUCUGGAAUACGUCGAAGCGUUAAGGCUAGCUAAUGAAGAGGAUGUACCUGUGGAGGUGAACUAUGAUAGUGAAAUUAUAUGUUCUGGCGGUAUACAAAUCCAAGGACUCCUGGCAUCUUCAAUACCUCGUAGAAAAAUCGUAGCAAUGCCAGUACUGGAAAAAUACCUAUUUAUACCAAAUAAGGCUAAUCUAGCCAAAACCGAGGCUAUAAGAGUUUUCAUGCAAAUUGCUCUAGAAAACAAUUGCGGACAUAAAGUUAAGGCUGUAGAGCUGUUAGAUGAGGCAACAGAAAAUGCAGCUCCAUUGGCUCCAAUAAUUGAAGAAGCUCUAGGAGACCAGCCUUUAAUUCAGAGUGAUAUUAUAAUAUUAAGUAAAGAAGAUUUGGAGUUGUCGGUCAAAGUUGAGGAUAAGAAGCUUCAGGAACAAAAUGAAUGUACUGUAGUAAUUGGAAGUAAACUCCUUAGUAGGAGUGGGAUCCUCCAAGAUGCCUUGAAAGCCACCAAAGAAGACGGUUACAUACUAACAAGGGAACGUCUUGCUGUGGACACUUCAGCCAUAAACGUUCCAAACCUUGAAGUUCUCCAUGUUUCAGUGACUCUAGAAGAAAAAUUAGUAUUCUUAAAAAAGAAAUCCGUAACCUCCAAAACAAAAGUUUUCAUCAAUGUCAGCCAAAAAACAAAAAAACAUGAAUGGUUGGAAAAAUUGAAAGAAGCAGUUAGGAAAGAUGUGGAUGUGGUGACUUGGUGUCAAGACGAACCUCUUAAUGGUGUUAUUGGCUUGGUGAACUGUAUCAGAAGGGAACCAGAAUGCAACAGUGUACGCAGCCUUUUCAUUGUAGAUAAAGCUCCAGCCUUUAAUCCGGAUCUACCCUUCUACAGAACACAGCUAGACAAAAAUCUGGCUGUAAAUGUUUAUCGUGACGGGUGUUGGGGAACUUACAGACAUCUAAUUUUAAAUGAUAUAGAGGAAGUCGAAAGUGAGCAUUGCUACGCAAACAGUACAGUACGCGGAGAUUUGUCCAGUAUUAAAUGGAUUGAGGGACCUUUGAGGAAGCAAAUGAAAAUCACUGCCAAAGAGGCAUUGGUUGAGAUCUUCUACUCCUCCCUAAAUUUCCGCGACAUUAUGACGGCUUCUGGAAGAAUUAAUGUAGACGUAAUCACCAAGGACAGGCGCGAGCAAGAGUGUGUCCAAGGCUUCGAAUUUUCUGGAAAAACUUUAUCUGGCAGAAGAGUGAUGGGUAUGCUGGCCCAAGGCACUCUGGCAACACUGGUCAAAGCCGACAACAGCCUUACAUGGGAAGUACCGCCGAAGUGGUCAUUGAAAAAAGCUGCAACAGUGCCAGUGGUUUAUGGAACUUGCCUUUAUGCGUUGGUGGUGGUAGGGAAAAUUCGCAAUUGCGAUUCGGUAUUGAUACACUCUGGCACUGGAGGGAUUGGGCAAGCUGCUAUAAAUUUGUGUUUAAACAUGGGCUGUACUGUAUUCACUACAGUAGGUACCGAGGAAAAGAGAAACUUUAUUAGGAGGCAGUAUCCACAAAUAAAUGGAAAUCACAUCGGAAACUCACGAGACUUGAGCUUUGAGCAAAUGAUUAAGAAAGAAACCAACGGUCGAGGAGUUGACAUCAUUUUAAACUCCUUAGCCGAAGAUAAGCUUUUAGCGUCAGUGAGAUGCUUGGCCAAAAAUGGAAGAUUUCUAGAAAUUGGAAAAUUCGAUUUAGCCAAUAACAAUGCAUUAGGUUUAGUGGCUUUUGAAACUGGCGGAAGCUAUCAUGGAGUUAUGCUGGAUAAACUUUUUAAUGAAACUGACACUGUAAAGUUAGAACUAAAAGAACUAGUGCAGAAAUAUAUUGAUUUAGGAGCUGUGAAGCCGUUAAAACCUACAGUUUUUGAGAAACACGAUGUCGAGCAUGCCUUUAGGUUUAUGACUACUGGAAGGCAUAUGGGAAAAGUUUUGGUAGAAAUCAGAAAAGAAGAAGCCGUGAAACAUGAGGAAAAGUUCAAAGGACUCGCACGGUACUUUUGUGAUUCUACUAAGACAUACGUUAUAUGUGGUGGAUUGGGAGGUUUCGGCUUGGAGCUAGCUGACUGGUUGGUACUUAGAGGUGCUAAAAAUUUGGUGUUGACAUCUAGAAAAGGCGUCACUACUGGAUAUCAGAAUUAUAGAAUAUCAUUAUGGAAGAGUUAUGGUUGUAACAUUAGAAUAUCCACCCAAGAUAUUACCAAAAACAUCGGUUGUGAAACUCUGAUAAGAGAAGCUAACUCCCUAGCACCGGUUGCUGCCGUUUUCAAUCUGGCUGUAGUACUUAGAGAUGCUUUAUUGAGCAACCAAACUGCAGAAGCUUUUGAAGAGUCGUUUGGCCCUAAAGCUUGCGCUACGGAUUAUUUGGAUCAAGCUACUAGAGCUAUGUGUCCAGAGCUAAGGAAUUUUGUCGUAUUCUCUUCGGUAUCUUGUGGAAGAGGUAAUGCGGGACAAACAAAUUAUGGCAUGUCAAAUUCUGUAAUGGAAAGGAUAUGCGAAGAAAGGCGUAAAAGUGGAUUUCCAGCUUUGGCUAUUCAAUGGGGAGCUAUUGGAGAUGUUGGUCUAGUAGCAGAAAUGCAAGAAGACCACAUGGAGCUAGAAAUAGGAGGCACCCUACAGCAAAGCAUAGCAAAUUGCCUCCAAGUAAUGGACAUUCUUUUGAGGCAAAAUGAAGCAGCUAUACUGUCCAGCAUGGUGGUGGCUGAGAAAAAAUCUUCCUCUUUGUCUGCAAGUAUUGUAGACGUUGUUUGCGAAAUUUUAGGAAUAAGAGAUGUUAAGUCUGUCAGUAUACAAUCGACGUUGGCCGAACUAGGAAUGGAUUCAAUGACUGGAGUUGAAGUGAAGCAGACUCUAGAGAGGGAGUUUAAUAUAUUUUUGUCUCCUACUGAAAUGAGAAGCAUAACCUUAGCACGAAUCCAAGAAUUUCAAGAAAAAGGCUGCAGCGUUUCAGAAUCUGACUCAGCAUCAAACGAUAUUGUUGACUGGGCUAAUAUUUUGAAGGAUCUCAUUAAAGUUGAACAACAGAAAUCGAGUAUUGUUAAGUUGAAGUCCCUGAACAGUCCCAAAGAUACUAAAGUAUUGCCAAAAAUUUUAGCUUUUCCUGGUAUUGAAGGAGUUUGCGAAAUAUUACAAAAUCUAACUGAGCAGCUUGAGGUUGAAGCUUUUGGUGUCAACUAUAUUAUCGAAACCCAACAGAACAGUAUUCCUAAAAUGGCUGAGGUAUUACUACCGGAAAUAAAACAAUUUCUCCAAACCCAUAAAUCCUUCCACAUAUUAGCCCACUCAGUAGGAUGCAAUAUAGCGCUAGAAGUUUUAAGUAAAUUGGAAAAAUUGGGCUAUUUAGGAUCGAUAAUUUUCAUUGAUGGCUCACCAGAAUUUUUGAAAAAACUAAUCAAUCUAACAACGGGCUCUGGUAGUAGUGAAGUGUUAGAAAACAUCGUGGUUGCCAACAUUUUAAAGAUGCAACUGAACGAUUUGGAUACGAAGAAAAUUAUGGAAAACAUUUGUAAAUGCUCUAGUUUAGACGAAAAACUCCGAUUAUUGGCAGCCAACUUCAAAUUUGACCAAAGACUUACUGAACCUUUCAUUAUUAACAUUACUAAAGCAGCAUUACAAAGAAUGAAUGCUUGCACAACAUAUAUUCCAUCAUGUGGUAAACUUAAAUCCAAAAUUCACUUGUAUAAACCUACAGCUGUAAGUGUGAGUUUCGACAAACAAGAUUAUGAUAUUCAGCAAUAUUUCGAGGAGGUUGUGGAGGUUAAGGUGUUUGAUGGGACGCAUACAACGAUACUAAAGAACAAGGAACUUGCUGAAGAUAUUAUGAAAAUUUUCAAUUAAAUUGGUUUUGUUCUUAAGUUAUUUAUUGUUAGGCAUAAAAGUAUAUUUUUAUUUUAUUUUUAUACCCUUUUCCAUCUUUUCUAAGUAUCGUGAUAUUUUAGGCAAUUAAUUCGGAUCUUAUCUUCCCUGUCCAUUUUUUCUCUGAAAUAUGUCUGUAUUGUUGUCUUUUUUUAUCAUUUAUGAUAUAAUUGGUAAAUGUUUUUGUUUGGAAUUAAAAAAAAAACCAUCAACAAUGUUACAAUUUACACACAUAUGACAUACGUAGGUAACUACUUAGUAUUUUGUGUUCAUUCGUUACAUACAGGGCUUUCAAAUCAUGUUCAUUCUCGCGUUUCUACCAUUUUUCAACUUUUUCAUGCAAUAAUUCAAAAAUUUGUCCUUAUGGAUCAAAAUGGAUUGAAGCGGCAUAGGUCUGAUCCUGUUUCGCCCAUCUUUUUUAGGUGGUAACCCAGAAAGCAGUGACCCGUAAGGAGACCUGUUAGCAGCCUUAGAUCCACUUUAAUAAUGUCAAUCAUAUCCUUCAGCUUUAUUGAUUGGGGAGAGAUGAAUUGUUUCGCCUUUGAAAUCCUGGAAACGUGUUCCAGCUGGAGGCUUAUAUUGAGCCUUUACCCAAUUCUGGACUCCCCCUAUCAUAUGGCUUUCCGUAUUGCCGGAGCAAAGUUCUUGUCCAAAGAAUGGUGUUGCAGCUCCUUGUUUUGCAAGUUGGUCCGCUACUUCAUUUCCCUCGACUCCUUGGUGCCCUGGGUUUCUAUGACAGAAUGGCCCAUCUAUAGCGAGACGCCAGUUGCUUUAUGAGUUGUUGGCAGUUCCAUACCAGUCUGGACUUAGUGACAGAGCUUCUAAAAGCUCUUGUCUGACUAUCGGAAUUGAUAUAGAUCUUCGCUUCUCGCAGGUCUCUUUCGAGACACUUUCCAGCGCAAAUUGCUAUUGCGAAUAUUUCCGCUCGAAAUAUGGUUGGGCUUUCUCCUAGGGUUGUUGAUAGUCUACAAAGUGGGCCGUUCACCCUUGUUCCAGUCCCUUGCCCUAUUCGAUCCCCCUAGGUACCUAUAUCAGGCAGAUGACCUGUUUGAGAAUACAGAUACGAUAUUUUCUCUCUUGUGGCCCUCAAUAGUCACUUUGAAGGAGUGUGAUAAUUAGGUAACUAGCAACAGAAGAAUUUGUCUAUGGGUACUGCAUAAAAUUCAAACAGGGUCGAAGUCAGUCGAAGAUGAAUCUUUUGUCUGUAUAGUUAACCCAACGGCAAGUUAAAUAAGAAUAAAGCUUACAUUCAUUAAAUUUCUACAUUAUAUACUGUCAAACUGCUGCCAGAAACUUAACAUGAGAAAUUAAAAUAAUUAUUCAGAAAUUAUAUACCUACUACAACUACGAGUGUGUCACUGAAUUUAUCCACUGCAGUUUAAGCAUAGAACAGGUAAACAGAAUGAAACAAUGAAAAAAAAAAUUAGAAUUCAAUACUCUGAGAUUUGACAAUACUGAUAAAAAAAAUGGUGAUUAAAAUACAAAUACGGUAAAUAUAUUAUUUUUUUUAUUGAUAACCUAUUUUACUUAUUUAAAGUACUCCUGAGCGUGUUUAAAUCCAACAUUCAAAAACGCGCAUUUUUCAAUAAAGUUACCAUGACAAUAUCAACAACCCAAGAAAGGUAAAGUCUAAAUGUCAACUUUUUAAUUAUUGAUUUGUCAGACAAUGAAAGGUAUACCAGAUGUCAUAUCACGAAUUUGGCAUUCUACCAACUAUUAGUAAUUUAUGAUUUGAACGUAUAAGUACCAAUAAAAAAAAAUAGUGUAAAGUAUUCGUGGAUAACUGCUCUUUAAAACACUUGCUCUAUCGCGCGUGUUUUAAAGACCUUAAUAUCCACUUAUACUUUAAUAUGCUAUUAAAGGUAAACUGGCAAAACAAAAACAGAUAGGUACAUACCUACAACCUGAGUUAAUCGAUGUGCAUUUUUAAGUCGAAGCAUAAAAUCUCAGUUGUUACUGUAGGGCUUCUUUAGGAGGUCUUGUCAAUCUUUGAGUGACAAAACCGGGUUUUGCUUUGCGGAGUCAUAGAAAUCGGAAGAGGAAGAUUGGAUUAUCAAUAAUCUUGGUACUCUGGUACUAGCGGACUCUAGAAUGAAUCCCUAUUUUGAGAAACUGGAACAUUUAAAAUCAUAACUAAAGGAAUAAUAGUCACAUUCUUUUUUCAGGACAAGGUUUACUAGGUUCAAAAGUCGAAAAUCUCAUCAUCAGUAUCUUACUGAUAAUGCUUGUCAACCUUAAAACUAAAAAUUUAGAGCACGAUGGCCAAAAGCAAAAAAGAAAGAAUUUGAUUUUUUCGUGGAAUUAGCAGGGUUAUUCUGAUAAAAAAAAAAUUGACAGCAGCGUCCUAGAGUGAAAACAGCCCAUGGGAUCUGUUUUCAGUAUAAUCUUGAAAUGAUUGGGUGCUAUGUGUCACAUGACAAGAAAUAUCAAAAUUUAAUUGGCUAUUGGAACUGUCAAAAACUGUCAAGUAAUAUGCUUGGUCUUCCCAUGGUCUUCCCUCUCUUAUCGGCUUACUAAAGUCACUCAAGCCAGCGUCAAAAUCAAUGAAAUGUGACUCACGUCACAAUUUGACACGUCACAAGGGCAACUUGAUACGGGUAAGCGCUUCCGGCACUACAGACCUAUCAAUUUAGACCUAAGCAGAGGAAGUUGUAGCACAGGUUGGGGCAUAAAGUUUGUUUUUUUUUUAAGAUAAUAGACCUAUCUAUUUUUACCUGGUAUGCGCGCGCAACACGAGGCAAUGCCUUUCUAUUGGCUAACUGGUACAGGUGAGAGGUGUUCGUUUUGCAUGCUGGGCAUCUCCUUGUCUUUCGCCUUCCUUUUUUAUGCCGUGCAAAUAAAAAGAACGGAUUGUUAUACGUAAGUCUAACAUAAUUUGGUACGUUUUGCCUCGUCUUGCGCAAUGAGCGUUCUGUGCCUUUUUUUAUCUAAUAAAGUUUUCGUAUUAUUACCUCUUUGUCUGGUAAAAUAGAUAGGUCUAUUCCCCAGGUCAAAAAUUUAGUAGCUAUGUUGGCAACACAAGCCUUUUCUACAUAAAAAAUUUGAAAGUUUGACAAUUUUACAUUGUAUUGCCAACAUAAUAUCAUUUUGACUUUUAUCUUUAAAAAAUAAAAACACUUUACUUUACAUUGGCUGUGGCAG